UAUAAUCAUGCUGUCCGAUGACUUCGUGGAAAACCAACCUCAGCUUUUCUUAUAUAUACACUGUUUCAUUGUCAUUCAGGAUGUCAAUAAAUUGAGUAAACCCGAGCUUCGCUAGUUGCUAUGGAUAUAUCCAUGGAAGCUCCGCCGCGCUUGAAGGGGCAUGUGGUGGCCGUGCCUUUCCCGACCAGAGGCCACGUCAACCCCAUGAUGAACCUCUGCAAAUUUCUGGCUUCAAGAGCCGCCAAUGUCAUCAUCACCUUCGUCGUCACUGAAGAGUGGCAUGGCUACAUCGAAUCGUACACCAAGCCACAUAACAUUCGCUACGCCACCAUCCCCAACGUCAUCCCUUUGGAGAACCAGAUACUCGACGAUAUAUUUCGCUUCUCCAAAGCCAUCGUGACAAAGAUGAGAGAUGCGUUCGAGCAGCUACUCGAUCAGCUUGACCUGCCGGUUACUGCUAUCGUUGCUGAUGUUGAGUUGGUGUGGCCAACCGCCGUGGCAAAACGGAGGAACAUACCGGUGGCUCUGUUGUGGACGAUGUCAGCGUCAUUCUUCGGCACGUAUCUCCAGCUGGAUGUCUUGGCCCCUGGCCGGGGUUCGGCGGCUGAUCUUCUGGGUAACGUAUCCCACACGACACUUGUUUCAUUAUUUUAA